CUGCGGGGGUGUUUUAGUAUUUUGAUUUCUGUGGUUUUCAACGGGAAUUUUGCGUUACGACUACCUUUCACUGGGCGAAACGAAUAUGGCUUUUAUCUGGGAGUCGUUCUCUACUGUGCUUCUGCAUUUUGGUUACCGUUUUUCGUUUUGGAAUACCACAUUCGUAAAUCAAAUCAGUGAUGUGGACGUCUUAUUCAUAUUUCAUUUAGAUAGCAUUGUGCCUAUUUUAUAUACUAGACUGGUGGAAUUUUUUAUGAAUUUUAUAUUUUAAGA